CAUUCCGGAGUGCCUCGGCUCUCGUUAUUGAUUAAUAAGGAGGAAAGUUCAAAAUUGAGAACUGAGAGCACCAAAACUGCUAUGUUCACUGCUGACAGAAUGUUUGAAGUACUUGGUCUCUUGUACCUUCAUCAGCUUUUUAGCUCUGGGACAGCUGACCUGCCGCCACCUUGCAAUGUGUCAUUUGUGUCUGAAAACUUUCAGCAUGCUCUGAAGUGGGAAGCCGGGGACCCUGGUUCAGUUGCUACAAACUACACAGUGGAAUAUAUGUAUUUUAAGACUAGGGCCGCAACCAUCUUUUCUGGUAACCGUGAUUCAGUGGAUAUUUCUUUACCUAGAGGCAAUGGGGAAGUAUGGCAAGCAACACAAAAUUGCUCUCACAUCAGCACCCAAAUGUGUAAUUUAACGAAUGAAUUUGGAGACUUUUCCGCUAUAUUCUUUGUUCGAGUUAAAGCAAUUACAGAAGCUGAAGAGUCUAAUUGGACGAUAACAGAAGAUUUUCAGCCCCGGCGGGACACAAAUCUACGUCCAGUCAAUGUUCAUCUCGUAGGAAGCAGGGGAGCUUUUAAAAUUAAUUUUGAUUUUGCCACACCACCGACCAUUAUUAAAAAUGGAGGAAUUGAUUCUUUAUUGGAUAUCUUUGGGCAAUGGAAGUAUCACAUUAUCAUAGCGAGAAAUGGAACAAUAGAAGAGCACAGAGAUCUGCAAGGCUCAACUGAUGAACAGAGUGUAUCAAAAAUAGUUGAAGAUGUAGAAGCCAGCACAAAUUACUGUGUCACCAUCAAAAUAUUUUCUUCUAACGAAAAGCCUUCUAAUCCCUCGGAAAAGAGAUGUAUAGUCACACACCCUGUGAUGGACAGUGGAGAAUCACUUUGGUUGUGGAUGUUGUUUUCUACUUGUCUGCUGUGUAUUGGACUUCUCAUCUUCAUCAUAACACUAUGCAAGGGAGGUUUUCUGGGUUGCUUAACAAAAUACAUCCCACAAUCUCUGAGUAACUUAAAACAAGUCAGCCAUGUCUACAACUACUCUGAUGUGGAAGAAAAUAUCAGUAAUUUAGAUCACGUAGCAUUGAAUUUAAAUUAUUUAAAUGAAAAUAAAAUGAAUAUCCAGGAAGAUAAUGGAACAGAAUUAAUAAGCAGUGAUGAUGAAGAUGGUUAUGAGCCACAUUCACUGCCAGUAAAAUUCCAGAAAAAUACUGAUAGUGAGAAUCCUGUAGAAACAGAUGAAGCCAGCUUCAAGCCAUUUGAUGAUCAGCCAACUGAUGAAUUCACUGAGGAGUUCUGCACUCAUCCGAAUGACUAUCGGAUAGUUCCAACAGAAGCAAUUCACAGUGAGUGUGAAGGAUCUGAAACCAAGAGUCAGGUAUUGACAGAUCCUGAACUGAGCAGUUCAGCUGCUGCAGGCAUUGACAUUGUUAACAUUUCACUGUGCUCUGUACAAAUCGAGGACAUGGACAGAUUCUUUGGUCUCCGAGCUUUCUGACUCACCAUACUAAAUGUGAUGUUUCCACUAACUUGUUGCAUCUCCAAACCUUUCAUUCUCACUACAUGAGACAUUGAAAAGGAUUUUGGUUUGUAUGAAAUGACUACAAUACUCAACUUUACUUGGUAAAAUCGGUAAAAACGCAAGAACGUUUUUAUUUCUUAAAAUAAAUCUGAAAAUUCUGCUACCCAGGUCUUCAUGUGAGGGGCCUUGGCACUAGACAUGCCAACUGUGAGGCUGCUACCAUGGCCAGGGUGCUUAGCAACAGGGGCUGGAAGAAGCCUCUCUACUACAUCUCCAGGACCACAAAGGCUCAUAUAGGAGGACAGUUUGCAUACAGAUCUUGUAUGACCUGCAUCUGGAUCUUGAUAUUCUUGAAGAGGGACGAGCAUGACGAGUGCCUUUCACCCCUUCUCAGUGUGGUCCUGCAGGACAGUGUCCACGCUGAAGUUGGUGUCACCACAGCCAAUUGGAAUUAACAGUUGGGACUGAUGCCCCUUAUAACUUCCCUCAUUGUAUCUUGCCUCGUUCAAGGACCUCUUCUUUGAUCGCGCCUUCAGUCACUCUCCUACCCCUACCCUUCCCGCCCUCCACCCCUCCUGAUCCCAUCUACCAGCUCAUGUGCAGAUCCCUGGCUGUCCAGCGCCUUGGAAGUCCUCCUGAUGUGAAAGGCGCUGUGUAAAUGUUAUUUGUUGUUGUGUUUUUAAGUGAAAGUGUGCCAAAGACA